UACACUUUUGUUGACGGUGCUUUAGUUUAGUUCGCCGCAAUUCGCAGAGCGCAAAUUUGGUCAGGAGUCGCCGAUUAAGCUUUGUUCUUUUUAAAUCAAUUUUUAUUAAAUUUAUUUAUUUUUUUUUUGCUCAGUUUUAUUUUUGGAGGGUGUAUUUGUGAUCAAAUUUGUGUUUUGAACGGUUUUGUGUUUGAAUUGCUCUUACUCGCAGAAAUGACUACUCCUCGCAAGUGGGUUACCGAACCUGAUAAUUACGUAUGCACGUUAUCAGAAGAGGUCCAGGAAAUAGCCAGGGAGGAGCUACGAGAAGACACGCAUUCCAGAGAGUCAGCUCUGGAAUCGAUGAGGGAAUGGAUCAAGCAGAAUCCGAAAAUAAAGAACUGCAGAAUGGAUGCCAAGUUCCUUUUGCGGUUUUUACGCUUUAAGAAGUUUAGUGUGGAGCAAGCGAAAGAGGCUCUGGAACGAUACGUGCUACUGCGUCAAACUUUCGGGGUGGCAUUCAAUUGUCUGGAUAUUACCAUUCCGAUGAUGGAAGAGCUCACGAAUUUGGGAUACAUGUUCGCUUGUCCUAAGAGAGAUAGUAAAGGCCGAAGAGUUAUUGUGGCCAGACCAGGUGUGUUUGAUUUAAAUAAAUUCACCAACGGAGACAUGUGCCGAAUCCACGGAAUCGUCUAUGAAACCCUAAUGGAAGACGAAGAAAACCAAGUGAGAGGAUUCGUCCAUUUUGCCGACGGUUCCGGAGUGGGUUUCGCUUAUCUAACAUUGUUCACCAUCAGGGAAGCGGUGCGCAUUGUCAAAAAUGGAGAGAAAACCUUACCGAUGCGUCAUAAAGAGGUGCACGGGUUCAAUAUACAUCCUUCGAUGAAAUUCGCCUUGGAUUGGGGAAUGUCUCUUAUAUCGGAAAAGAUUAAGAGUCGAGUGAGGUUGUACUCGAAUAUCGAGGAGGUGCUUGAGGCCGGUUAUGUGGAAAAAGAGGUUUUGCCCAAGGAGUAUGGUGGCACCAUGCCCAUGUCUGAAAUGAUCGAGUUAUGGAAAGAGGAGCUGAGGCAAUCGCACCCCAUUUUAAUGUCCCACGACGAAAUGGCCGUAAAUGAGGAAUUGUUUACGCGACGUGAAAAAGAGGGAGCAGUUUCCGCAUUGAGGAGGCAGGGAGUCUCGUGCGGAGCCGAGAAAGACUCACUAUGCGGAAUUACCGGAAACUUUAGGAAACUGGAAGUCGAUUAAGUUAGUUUUUAAGGUGUCCUGGAAGCUGGUAAACUUCGCUUAUGUAGCUCGUUUUUAUAGUGUUAACUUAGGGGCGUAUUUAGGUAAUAAGGUCCAGGAACCUGGAUAAAAUACAUCUUGACACAUUCAAAAUGGACGGUUUCGAGUGGCCUUUUUGAAUUUUCAUAAUUUUUUAUGCAUUUUUUGUGUCUUGUAAAUUUUUUGUAAAUUUAUUAUUACUGGAGAUACUUAUGAAAAACUUUCCGCAACAUGGCCCUUCGAGCUGGAUUCUCAUUACUAAAUGCGAAUAUCUUUAGAAUGAAAAAAAAUAACCCUAUAGUGUAUAGGUUUAUUUUAAUCAGGUGAAAAUUCUCUUUUAAUAAUUUUAUGAUUUUUUUAAAUGUUUUAGUAUAAAAUAUGCAAAAAAUAUGCAUUUUUUUAUCUCUUUUAAUUUUUUUAUAGAAUUAAUAGCAACGGGGAUAUUUGCGGAAAACUUGUAGCAACAUAGUCCUUCGAGCCGGAUUUUUAUUUUUAAAUACAAUCAAAUGGAAUAAAAAAACAUAACUCCGUCAUGCUCAGGCUUAUUUUAAUCUGCUCAAAAUAUGAAAAAAUCUGAGCACUUUUGUAUAAAUUAUAAAAGAACUAAAAUUUGUGUUCUCUCGUACUUUUUUUGUAAAUAAUAUUAACGGCAAUAUUAGCAAAAAAACUGUUUUAAAUAUGGUCCUUUGAGCCGGGUUUCUUCCCUUCAAAUACAAACAUUUUUGGAAUAAAAACGGAUAACCCUACCGUGUUUGAAUUUAUUUUAAUCAGCUCAAAGUUCUCUUUUAUAAUGUUUAUAGAUUUCUCAGGAAUCUUGAAAUUUUGUCAAAAAAAAAUUAAAUCCUCAAAAGUAUUUUACUAUAUGUAAAAACUUGUAUUUUUUGUAAAUAUAAAUUGAAUAUUACCGAAGAUAUUUGAGAAAAACUUUUGGCAACAUGGUCCUUCGAGCCGGAUUUUUAUCAAUAAGUAAAAAUAUCCUGUGAAUAAAAAAACAACUCUAUCGCAUUUAGGCUUAUUUUAGCUCCAAAAUCUCCUAUUUUUAACAUUUUAUGAAAUUCUCAAAUAUCUUGAAAUUUUGUCAAAAAAUUCAAAAUCUUAACAUGCGGGAGUAUUUUUUUAUUGCUCAUAUAAAAUAUGAUUAUAUUGUUUUUUUGUAAAUUUUUCAUAAAUUUAAUAAUAAUAUCGUUUACUUAGCAUAAUAGCCACAUACAAAAAACUGGUAUCCAAGAAGAAUAUAAAAUAUACAAACUACAAAAUACAUAAGACUGCCAAAAGAAAAAAAACAAAAACCUUAAAAAGCACGAAAAAUUUUACAUUAAAAAGUGAUAAAAACUAACCUAAUUAACGGAGAUAUUUACGAAAAACUCCUUGCAACAUGGUCCUUCGAGCCAGAUUCUUACUAAUCAACGCGAAUAUCGGUGGAAUGAAAAUAGAAAGCAAUAUCUUGUUUGGCCUUUUUUUAAUCAGGUCAAAAAUAUCUUUUAUAAUGUUUACGGAUUUCUCAAGUAUCUUGAAAUUUUGGUAAGAAAAUUUAAAAUCCUUAAAAAUCGUAGUAUUUUCUUAUUACUAUCUUUCUAUUUACUAUCCUACAAAAAUAGUUAUUAUUAUUUGUCUCUUGCACUUCUCUUGUAAAUGUAAUAUUAACGGAGAUAUUUAUGAUAAACUUCUCGCAACGUGGUCCUUCAAGCGGGAUUCUCCUUAAUAAAUUCGAAUAUCUUUAGAAUGAAAAGAGAUAACCCUAUCGUAUUUAGGUUUAUUUUAUUAAGCUUAAAAUUCUCUUUUAUAAUGUUUGUAGAUUUCUCAAAUAUCUUAAAGUUUUGUCACAAAAUAAAAAAUCGUGAAGUCUUAUUUUGUCAUAUUUUCCUAUAAAAAUAUAUGCAUUUUUUGUCUCUUUUUGUUGUACUUUCUUGUAUUUUUAUUAUUAAUAGUGAUAUGUAUGAAAAACUCUUCGCAACAUGGUCCUUCGAGCCGGAUUCUUAUUAUUAAAUGUGAAUAUCUCUGGAAUAAAAAAGAUAACCCUAUAGUGUUUGGGUUUAUUUUAAUCAGCUCAAAAUUCCCUUUUAUAAUGUUUAUGGAUGUCUAGAAAUUUUGUCAAAAAAAAUUAAAAAUCCUUAAAAGUCUUAGUAUUUUGCUAUGGGUCAUAAGAAAAAAAUUUUAAAUUUUUUGUAAACUUAACUGCAAUGGAGGAAUUUUAGGAAAACUUUUAGGACCAUAUUGAUCCUUCGAGCCGGAUUUUUAUUUUUAAAUGCAAAUAUUUUUAGAAUAAAACGAAAUUCUGCUUAAAAUUAUAUUUUAUUAUUUGUGGAAAUUUCUUAUAUUUUUGCCAAAAAAAAUAUUAAAAAUCUGAGCAUUUUUGUAUAUUUGCAACGUGGUCCGUCGAGCCGGAUUUUUUUUCGUUCAGAUACGAGUAUUUGUGAAAUGAAAAGAAAUUAACUUAUCGUGUUUCGACUUAUUUUAUUAAGCAUAAAGUUUUCUUUUAUAAUGUUUAAAGAUUUGUCAAAUACCUUUUUUUUUCAAGAAAAUUUGAGGUCUUUAAAAAUCUUAUUAUUUUUAUAUUGCUAAUAAAAAAACAUGCCUUUUUUUAAUUUUGUACUUUUUUUUUUUUAAUUUAAAUAUUAAGGGAGAUAUUUAGGAAAAACUCCUCGCAACAUGAUUCCGUACUGAAAUGGCUGGUUUAGACCCUUAAUUUUAAAUUUGAAAUAUUUUAAAAUGUUGACCAAUAGUAAAUUUGGCAAAAAAAAUUAAUUUAAUACAGUUUUAAAAAAAAUGCGCAUAAAAGAUUUGAACUUUUAAAAUUUGAAAUGGAAAUAUUAAAAUCCUUGGGAGAAAUCAGAAACAAUUAAGAAAAAAUCCAAAAUGGCUGCUUCUACAUGAGAAUGUUUAAAAAAAUACAUUCCAGAGUUCAUUUUUUAAAUUUCACAAAAAGAAAUAUUUAAAAGAGUUAUUUUUCCAAAUGAAUCCAAUUUGAAAAUAUUUUAAAAGUGAAAGAAAAAUUAAUCGCAUUUUACAAAUUUUAAAAUUUAAGUAUAUUUAAGAAUUCAAAAUGCAAAAUAAAAAUUUCAAAAAGGUUAAAUUAAAAAAAAAUGAUUUUUAUUUAACAUGCUGUACAUUAAAAUUUUUGGUUUGUGAC